CAGGACAACGAGAGGGGCACGCUAAAAUAGGGUGAGCCGGCACCGGCGCUUCCGCGUCAUGCUAUAUCGUCUAAGCUCCUCGUCCACGCCGAAGGUUCAGGGCGCCGUAGCCGAUUACGACGCGAAUCUCCUAUUUGCUUUUCUGAGACGACAACGAGCUCCAGUAGGGCCGAUCAAUACCGACUGACACCUGACGAGGCAUACAUUGUGCGACAGUUGGAUCGUGAGCUGUUAUGUCGCGUGUCGGAUGGAAUCAUGGAAUGUUCUGCCGAUUGCAGACCGCCUUAUUGCGCUCUCAGCUGUCUGCACAGCAGGACCACUCUCCGCUGGUGGACCAAAUAUUCCUUGUUACACUCGGGGUCCAUUAUUCGUGAAUCCCAUCGGCGAAGUAUCGAUUCAGAACGAAGGUUGCAAGCAAUACCACCACACGGCAAGGCUGUUUAUUUGGAGGCGUUCAACGAAACGUCAAUUGAUCGCGUUCAAGAUGCGCUUGCAAGUCGCGCGACGCUUUCAAACUGUACCCUUCCCGUCCGCGGGGGAUUGCCCAUUUGACAGGCUCAGCCUGGCCAGAGAUCAAACGUCAUGGGACGUAGAUCUUGCUUUCGACUUGUUGGGGUUAGAAGACGGCCUGGGAUCCUCAACUUUCACAUGCAUAUAUGCCAACCUUCUACUCAACUGCCUGACCGGCCAUGACUGAUGGCUUCUACGAAUGUGCUCUGGCGUGAUAACAAGACACCUCGCAAAAGGAACUCUGAGGCUGAGGUUUCUAUUACUUUCAACUUGGAGAAUUGCGUCGUCGAUCUGGACUCGAGUUCGGCUCCUUUGCACCGCCA